AUGAAACCCCAUCUGAUAGACCUGUUGGAUCUCGGUGGUCGUCGCUUCAACUCGACUUCUGCACAAGCCCUGAUGAUCGACUUCGGAAGUCAUGCACCGGACCACAUGGAACAGGCCGGAUGGUUGACCCGGGACCCAGUGGCAAACCUGGGAAUGGGCCAAUCUUUCCUACUCGAGCGAUGA